AUGGCGGCCGUCAGACUAAGCGCGCUUCACCUGGCGCAGCCAGCCCUCGCUCCCGUCGCUAGGGCGGGGGACGCCAUCAAGGCCAGCGAAUGUGGCGGCAAGCAGGCAGCGCUGGGGUGGUGCGCCUCCGCGCAGCUGGGGCAGUCCCUGGGGGUCGCCGCCAAAUCGAAGGGCGUCGCUGCGCCAUCCAAGCGCGCGGCUUCAGCGACCGUCGUUCGCGCCAGCGCCGCGGCGGACGUGGAGCGGCCGUGGCGGGCGGCGGACGCGCGGCUGGCGCUGGAGGACGGGUCGGUGUGGAAGGGGUCGUCGUUCGGCGCGCGCGGCACGCAGGCGGCGGAGGUGGUGUUCAACACGUCGCUGACGGGGUACCAGGAGAUCAUCACCGACCCCAGCUACGCCGGCCAGAUCGUGCUCAUGACCUGCCCGCACAUCGGCAACACCGGCAUCAACGAAGAGGACGAGGAGUCGCGCACGUGCUUCACGUCGGGGCUUGUCGUGCGCAGCAUCAGCAACUGCGUGUCGAACUGGCGGUCGUCGCAGACUCUGCCCGACUACCUGCGGCAACACAACAUGAUGGGCAUCUCGGACAUCGACACGCGCGCCAUCACCAAGCGACUGCGCGACAAGGGCAGCUUGAACGGUGUGAUCUCAACGGAUCGCAAGAGGUCGGACGAGGAGCUGGUGGAGAUGGCCCGCUCCUACAGCAUCGUUGGCAAGGACCUGAUAACGGGGGUGACGUGUGAGCAGCCGUACGUGUGGGUGGACCCGACGGGCGAGUGGGAGUUCAGCAGCGACGCCAAGGAGGUCUCCAUGGCCAACGCAUUCCAUGUGGUGGCGUACGACUUUGGCAUAAAGCACAACAUUCUGCGCCGCCUGGCGUCGUACGGCUGUCGCAUCACAGUGGUGCCCUCCACCUACCCGCCUCAGGACCUCGCCAAGCUCAACCCCGACGGUGUCCUCUUCAGCAACGGGCCGGGCGAUCCAUCGGCGGUGCCAUACGCGGUGGAGAGUGUGCGCGCGGUGGUGGGGACGGUGCCGGCGCUGGGCAUCUGCAUGGGGCACCAGCUGCUGGGGCAGGCGCUGGGCGGGCGCACCUUCAAGCUCAAGUUCGGCCACCACGGCGGCAACCACCCCGUGCGCCACCUCGCCUCCGGCCGCGUUGAAAUCAGCGCGCAGAACCACAACUACGCGGUGGACCCGGAGAGUCUGCCGGAGGGCGUGCAGGUGACACACAUCAACCUGAAUGACGGCACGUGUGCGGGGCUGGCGUACCCGGCUCUCAACGUCAUCAGCAUCCAGUACCACCCCGAGUCCUCCCCUGGCCCCCAUGACGCCGACCCAGUGUUCCAUGAUUUCGUGCAAAUGAUGAUCAAGCACCGUGCCACUGCUAAGGCCUGA